CCCCUGUAUAAUUCGCCCGCUAUCGCCAGCCGCAGCCCUGUCGCCGGGACCCUGAAUUCACCAUAUUCAAUGUAUAACUGAUUCGACCCACCCCCAGGCGGAUUACGGCCAAUCGGCGAGUAGUGGGAGUACUGAAUUCGCCUUCCCGCCGAAAGCAGCCCUUUAUUAGGGCUUGUUUGCUGCGUGCUCUGCAGCCAUUUUGUGAACCUGCAGAGAGGUGUGAGGAGGUGCAGAGCUAGCAAUUUGGUUGUUUGCUGUGGAUAUCGUUUGGACACCCCAGCAGGCUUUAUUCCAGGACAGUCAGGAGGAUUCCUGUUACCCGGAGGAGAGCCAUUUUAGGAGCUUUUACUACAUUUGUAGAGAUGUCAAAGGACAAGCAGACCCGAUCCGCCCCUUCCCCCACCCCCUCGGAUCUAUCCCUUCAUAGCAACGAGGAGUGGGAGCCAACCCAGGAGGCGGAUACGACCGGCCAGGCAUGUAGUGACCAGCCGCGGUCGUCAAGGGCCCAUGAGAAGUCCAAGAAAAAGCCUAGUAGAAAGGCAAGAAGCCAGCCAGAGGAGCAGUCGGAGGAGGAAGCCUCUGGUGAAGAUGCAGGACCGAAAAAGCCGCGUGGACCAAGAUAUACUGAGGCGGAAAACUGUACCCUAGUGGAUUGCGUCGACAGGUCCUACGACGUUUUGUAUGGACCAAGGGCACAGACAACAGCAGCUAGGACAAAGCGAAGCAUCUGGGAAUCCAUUGCGAGUCAAGUCACUGCAAUAUCUGGAAACCGCCGGAGCACCAGAAAUUGCUUGAAGCGGUACAGUGAUUGCCGCAGACAGACCAAGAAGAAGAUGGGGAUUCAGCGCCGACAUGAGACAGCUACGGGAGGUGGCCCGGCUCUCAACCUGAAGUGGCUACCCUGGGAGGAUGUUAUUAGAAGGCGCAUGAACCCUGCCAUGGUCGAAGGAGUUCGCGGAGGUGUGGACUCUAGCCGUCCUGCUGGCUUUCCCGAGGAGGAAGAACCGCCCAGAAGACGGAAGAAGGCGGGAGAUAAGCCGUCCAAAAGGAGGUCUGAUGACAGGCCUGCCCAGAGGACAUCACCUGCGCGCAGGACAUCGCCAGCGCACGGACCAUCACCUGUGCAGCAGGCAUCGGCAGCAGCGCGCGGACCAUCACCUGCGCCGCAAGCAUCGGGAGCGUGCAGAUCGUCACCUGUGCGCCACAGUUCGUCAUCGCGCAGUUUGUCACCUGUGCACCAGACGACGUCAGCGCACAGACUAUCACCUGUGCGCCAGACACCGUCGGCGACCACACCACAAGAUGGGCGCCAAACAUCAGCUCCUGCGCGCAGGCCAUCACCAGAUCGUCGUCUCUCCAGGAGCUCUGGGACUGUGACUGAAGAGCCUCAAGACACAACCCUUGUGGACCCAUCACCCGAUCUGUUUGAGUCUACAGGGUUAACAGACGAAACUUUUCUUGGGUUUGAGGACAGCCGUGCAGACGUAUCCAGCCAGACCCUUGAAAAGUCUUCCGAAACGAGGACAAGUGGAGCUCCUGGAGCAGCGGCAUCACAGGAUGGAGAAGUGGUGCCACGGACCAGCAGCGGACUAGCUUCGGGGAUUGGUUCCUACUUCAGGCCGGAUCUCCUCCUACAGGAGUCGUCAGAGGAUGACGAGGUGGAAGUGCAGGAGGCUCCAGUUACUACAUCCCUGCCUGCCCAAAUCCAAGUUGUGGCAGACAUCCAGGAAGGGCAGAAUCCCUCAACUGUUCAGAGGGUUCACACCCUGGCAUCAGAGAUUGGAACACGCCAGGAUACAUACACAAAUGUCGUGGGAAGCAGACUGGACAACAUUGAGAGGACAAUGGAGAAAAUGGCAAACAGUCUGCUUGAACUGCAAAAGACUCUUUCCGACAGCACGGCCACAAUACUACAGGUCAGAAUGCAAGAUCAUAGGGAGAGUAUGACCGUACUUAACAUUCUGGCCGAAUCCAUGACCCGGCUCGUGGACAACACUGCAUGUCUGGUAGCAAGCAAUCAAAACAUGUCGGAGAGUCAUCGACACUCCUCAUCCAGCCAACAGGUCAUCGCAACCACACUGCAGAUGAUCUAUGAUAAGCUCCCAGGAACAGCUAAUCAACACGCUGGUGAUCCACCAUAUCCGCCGUCGCAAGCCACAAGGACGCCUCGUACCCUUCCUCAAGUCCCAUCCCAGUACAGACAGUCACAGAUGUACCAGGGAUAUACAGGGAUGUACCCCACCCCCCAGAUGCCUCCACCACCGGCCACACAAUCUUCAGCAGCAUGGGCACAGAGGACCAGUCAACAUACUCCCCAGCCUCCCAGGACAUCCACGCCCUAUCAGGGGGAAGAAGAGGAUCCGGACAGACUUCCACCAUAAACCCGGUCGUAUUGUUUUAUUUAUUUACAAAUGUUUUUCGUGUAUCCCUUUCUUCCCCUCCCAUUAGUUUUUUUUUUUUCUUACUAUUGUUUUCUGUGUUGGGCUUCCCCACCCGUGACCGGGUACUACCAAGGAGCUUUGUGUAGGCAUACAUGCGCGGGCAUGUAUGCGGGCGCGUGUGGUAACGGAUGAAAGCUCCUUGUGGCUACGUGUAUGAUGGGCCAAAGAGCUAUUCUGAUACCACUUUUUUCUUCCAAAAAUCCUUUUUGUAAUGGUGUACAGUAGGCUUUAAUUGUGUGAAUUUACUAUUCACUAGUCUGUGUUUUUGUCUUCUUCAUAGGAUUGGUGGGGAAAAAUGAAGUGGACGGCAUAAGUUUGUGUUGUGCGUACCAAGGUGAGUAGAACCAUGUUUC